CUGCUCGGGUUGCUGGCCCUGAUGGCGACGGCGGCGGUAGCACGGGGGUGGCUGCGCGCAGAGGAGACCUGCCGCCGGGCCGCUGGCAAUCCGACUGAAAGCAAGGAGUCUUGAAACAGAAAUUGAUAUGACCCUACUGAGAAGAGGAAGGAGGGGCCUUGUUAAACCAGGCUGGAGAGGCCAAAAAGCUAAUGGAUUUCCACUUGACAAGUCCUUAAAGUCCAAGAAGCAGAAACAGCAUCAACGAAUUCGCAAGGAGAAACCUCAACAACACAACUUCACCCACCGCCUCUUGGCUGCAGCACUAAAGAGCCACAGUGGGAACAUAUCUUGCAUGGACUUUAGCAGCAAUGGCAAGUACCUUGCCACCUGUGCAGAUGAUCGCACCGUCCGCAUCUGGAGUACUAAGGACUUCUUGCAGCGGGAGCACCGCAGCAUGAGAGCCAAUGUGGAACUGGACCACGCCACCCUGGUGCGCUUCAGCCCUGACUGCAGGGCCUUCAUUGUCUGGCUGGCCAAUGAAGACACCCUCCGUGUCUACAAGAUGAACAAACGAGAGAGUGGUGACUAUACCUUCACGGCUACCCCAGAAGACUUUCCUAAAAAGCACAAGGCACCCAUCAUCAACAUUUGUAUUGCUGACACAGGGAAAUUCAUCAUGACUGCUUCCAGUGACACAACUGUUCUCAUCUGGAAUCUGAAAGGUCAGGUGCUGUCUACAAUCAACACCAACCAGAUGAAUAAUAUGCAUGCUGCUAUAUCCCCUUGUAGCAGGUUUGUGGCUUCGUGUGGCUUCACCCCUGAUGUAAAAGUUUGGGAAGUCUGCUUUGGGAAAAAAGGCGACUUCCAGGAGGUUGUCCGAGCCUUCGAAUUGAAGGGUCACUCCGCAGCUGUCCAUUUCUUCGCUUUCUCCAAUGACUCCCGGAGGAUGGCCUCUGUCUCCAAGGAUGGUACCUGGAAAUUGUGGGACACAGAUGUGGAAUACAAGAAGCAGCAAGACCCCUACUUGCUGAGGACAGGACGCUUUGAAGAGGCAAGCACCCUGCCUUGCCGCCUGGCACUCUCUCCUGAUGCCCAGGUCUUGGCCUUGGCAAGUGGCAGCAGUAUUCAUCUCUACAAUACCCGACGGGGUGAGAAGGAGGAGUGCUUUGAACAAGUCCAUGGAGAGUAUAUCUCUGACUUGGCCUUUGACAUCACUGGCCGGCUUCUGGCCUCCUGUGGCGAUCGGGCUGUGCGGCUCUUCCACAACACCGCUGGCCACCGGGCAGUGGUAGAAGAAAUGCAGGGCCUCCUGAAGCGCGCCUCCAGUGAGAGCACCCGCCAGAGGAUACAGCACCAGCUGACCCAGGCUCAGGAUGCACUGAAGAGCCUGGGUGCCUGGAAGAAAUAACUCUGGAAGAAGAAGUCGGGAUGGACCUGGCCUGCUGCUGCCGCUGCCACUUUUCUUCCCACGUACUCCCAAGCUGGAAACCUUUUGAAAUAAGUAUUUUGAUUUUCUUAGUGGUGGCCCCUUUCUUUAUCCACCGGAAUAACUUUUGCCUACUUAGAUCUUUCUCUGUCCUUGCUGAUGGUGAUUCUUACACUUACUUGACCUCCCAGGCUAAUGACCAAAAUACUUUUUGGGGGGAGAUGAAGGGUACUGAGAAGAAUGGUAGGUAAAAA